GAUGGAGUAACAGCAGAGCAUCUUUAUUCACAGCAGCUCCUUUUGUAUCGGGAUCACCAUUUCUGGAUCUCAGACUUCUGGAAGUUCGUUUGGAUGUCGAUAUGGGUUUUUUUUCUUAUUGCGUCUUGCACGCCGUGUGACAGGCCGUUAGGGAUGUAGUAGGGUUCAGCAGGGACUGACAUUCGUUAGCUCGAGCCGGCCUGAAAACUCAAAUAUGUCCAUCCGGAUGCCUUUACCCACUGUAAACGAGAGAGAGACUGAAAAUCAUACAUCCCUGGAUGGCUUUUCCACCAAACUGGCAAGCCGCCAGAAUCUGCCCCGCUGCAGGAACUCGCUCAGUUCCAGCGUAGACGAGCAGCCGCAUGUCGGCAACUACCGCCUACUCAAGACCAUCGGCAAGGGCAACUUCGCCAAGGUCAAACUGGCACGCCAUGUGCUCACUGGACGAGAGGUGGCUGUCAAAAUAAUAGACAAAACCCAGCUGAACCCCACGAGUCUGCAAAAGCUCUUUAGGGAAGUCCGAAUAAUGAAGCUCUUGAAUCAUCCAAAUAUAGUGAAGUUAUUUGAAGUAAUUGAGACCGAGAAGACACUUUAUUUAAUAAUGGAAUAUGCCAGCGGAGGUGAGGUGUUUGAUUAUUUGGUGGCUCAUGGCAGAAUGAAAGAGAAGGAAGCCAGGGCCAAGUUUCGUCAGAUUGUAUCUGCAGUACAAUACUGCCAUCAGAAGAGAAUAGUACAUAGAGAUCUAAAGGCUGAAAACUUAUUACUGGAUGCCGACAUGAAUAUCAAGAUUGCCGACUUUGGCUUCAGUAACGAGUUCACAGUCGGAAAUAAGUUAGACACGUUCUGCGGCAGUCCUCCGUAUGCCGCCCCUGAACUCUUCCAGGGCAAAAAAUAUGACGGGCCCGAAGUAGAUGUCUGGAGUCUCGGGGUCAUCCUGUAUACACUCGUCAGCGGAUCACUACCUUUCGAUGGACAAAACCUUAAGGAGCUGAGAGAGAGAGUGUUAAAAGGAAAGUACCGCAUCCCUUUCUACAUGUCUACAGACUGUGAGAACUUGCUUAAGAGGCUAUUAGUGCUGAACCCCAACAAACGGGGCAGUUUAGAGCAAAUCAUGAAGGAUAAAUGGAUGAACGUGGGCCAUGACGAUGAGGAGCUGCAGCCUUAUACUGAACCAGAGAUUGAUUUCAGUGACACUAAAAGGAUCGAGCUGAUGGUGACGAUGGGAUUCCCAAAGACUGAAAUCACAGAGGCUCUCAAAUUACAGAAAUACGAUGACAUCAUGGCUACGUACCUCUUAUUGGGAAGGAAACCGCCAGAGAUUGAAGGCAUCGACUCUGCGUCCAUCAGCAAUCUGUGUCCCAGGCCCCGCCCUACCAGUGACAUCAAUACCAGCACUAGCCAAUCCCCUUCACACUCCAAGGUGCAGCGCAGUAUAUCAGCCAAUCAAAAGCAGCAGCGGCGGUUUAGCGAUCACGGUGGGGAUGAUAUAAAUCCAAUGGGUCCCUCAGUCCCACCUGUUGUGUCAUACACGAAGCGCAGCUGUCUAGAGACCGAACAGAAGGAGGAGUGUAAGAACUCACACAAGCUACUAAGCGCCACCUCAAAGGGAGACGUACCAGCAUCUCCUCUGGCUGCCCUGGAGAGGAAAAAAUCUGUUACUUCUGCUGGAACUAAUGGAGGCAUGGCACGCAGAAACACAUACGUGUGUGAGCGCUCAGCCGACCGUUCUUCCGCCAUCCCCAACGGCAAAGACAGCAGUUUAACAGAGGUUUCAGGCAGCAGUACAUCAGCCUCCGGUGCCACUUCAGCUCUAAUGCCUACAAGACAGAGAUACUUAAAAUCGGUGUCCUCCUCCAAAUCCACCCUGCCUCCUAUAGAAGACAACAGCGAAUACAAGGGAAGUCCAACUGCCAGGCCUCCGUCCACCUCACCGUCCGAUCACAGCAUCAGCACUCCGGAGCGUACUCAUUUCCCCCGAGGGACGUCCAGCCGGAGCACCUUCCACGGAGCACAGCUACACGAGCGCCGCAGCGCCACCUACAACGGCCCACCUGCCUCGCCCAACAUGUGCCACGAAAUAGGCAACCUCGCACCAGCACGCCGGGGCACAUCUACCGGCAUCAUCAGCAAAAUUACCUCCAAGUUUGCCCGCAGGGCUCCAAGUGAAGGGGAGGCAAGCGGAAAGUCAGAGUCGCCAAGGAGCACUUUGGGAGAAUCGAAAGAUGAGAGCCGCGAGUCAAAGCCACGCUCGCUGCGAUUCACGUGGAACAUGAAGACGACGUCUUCCAUGGAGCCAGGUGAUAUGAUGCGCGAGAUCCGCAAAGUGCUAGAUGACAACGGCUGUGAUUACGAGCAGCGCGAGCGGUUCCUGCUUUUCUGCGUGCACGGUGACGCUCGCCAUGACGACCUGGUCCAGUGGGAGAUGGAGGUUUGCAAGCUGCCACGCCUCUCGCUCAAUGGCGUGCGCUUCAAACGCAUUUCAGGCACUUCUAUCGCCUUCAAAAACAUCGCCUGCAAAAUCGCUGAUGAGCUGAAGCUCUGACAGAGCCACAUAAAGGAAACCCUGUGGUUUUCAGUGGGUAAUUCUGGAUCACAUCUGGCUAGUGCCGAUGUGCUGCCUUAACCGAAUGUGAGGUGCUCAUCCUGUAAGUUUUGCUUUUCCAUUAACUUUUAUCACCUUCACAUCUGAUCCCCAAUCAGUGAUGUUAUUUUGAUGCUGAUGGAAUUGUGUGUGUUCUGGUCUGGGAAAACAUUUUGCUGUGGCUCAAUUCGGUUUCAUUUGUAUAGCAGCCGUACAGAAUUAUAGCAAUUCAAUGUAUAAAUUAAAAAUGGAUAUAUUUUCCUUAAUAAGCAAACCAGAGGUGACACGGAAAAACUCCCUGAGAUAUGAGCAAGAAACUUGGACAGGAAACAGAUUCAGAAAUGGAAGCCAUUCUCAUCUAGGUAACAACGGAUAGUGCGAUUAUAAAUAAUUUAUUAAAUGUUCCACAAAUACAAUUGUAUAACCAGGAUAUUCAUUCAAGCUAAAUAUUUUUUAACAGCCAAAAGAGAAGAAAAUGAGAUUUUUCUGCAAUAUACUUUGACACCACAACCUAAACCAUAAAUACACUGUAUUCUAACAAAAUACAGCAUGGAAAUGUUUUAUUUACUUUUUAAUCCUGCCUCAGAUUAUCUUCCUGCAAAGGUCAUAUUGGACACAACGGUAAAAAUCCAUCAGUCUGCUUCAAGGUUUUUAAAAUCCUACUAGUUAAGUAUGAUUUCCUCAGACAGUGAACAUCAGGCUUUGUACUGUAGCAAAGCAAAACCAGACAUAAGUCUAGACACAUACAGGCUGUACUACAGAAUCCUUAACAACAUUAUAAAAUGCUUAAACUAAUGGUUGUGAUAAAUGUAAGGAAAGAAUUCUAUUCAGUUCAUGAAAACUUGGUGGAAACAAGUGAACAGCUUUUCCAGGCCACCACAUAUAUACAGUGCCUUGCAGAAGUGUUCACCUCCCUGAACAUUUCCACAUCUCUGUAGUGUUAGAACCUUGUACUGAAUGAACGUUAAUUGGAUAUAUAAAAUUAUUUAACCAAAAAAUGCAUUUGUUAGUUGCAGAAGUAUUCACCCCCUUGGGUAGCACCAUAGCCUCCUGGGAUUAGGUCUCCAUUUGAACAUGACAUCAACAAUUCAUAUUCCACCUCGUCCAUACGAAGAUUAAUGCGCAGGUUAACGCAACAGACUGCAUUUAAUCAUGUUUUUUUAGCAUCUGAUCAGCCCUCUUGCCCUCUUCACCCAUCAGCAAAUUUAGCUAAUGAUAUAAAAAUGGAAGUUAACAGCAGGCAGUGGAGCUGCUUUGAGAGGACAAUGACGACAUACUGUAUGCGCACAGCUUUGGGCUCACCUAUCGACUUACAACCCUAACGAGGGAGCAGAAAGAAGGACAGAGGCACAGACAAGCAGAGCACUGGCAAGCAUACGACCAUGUAGAUCUGUAUAUUAUUAAUCAUUUUUAUUCACCAAUGUUGUAAAUAAGAACAGAGAAACGGUUGAGUUUAAUCGUGUUGCUUGAUUGUUUUUUCUAGAAAACAAUAUCAAAGUUUAGGUUGGAUCGCUGUUCUACUUUUGGUUCAGGUGUAGGCUAGCCGUCUUGCUGUCUGUGAGUCCAUGUUUAAUUUAUUAAGGCAUUUUUUCAGCAUAGGGCUACGAAAAACACCUUAUAUUUUUGAAGUGGGAUAUUAAAAUAUAUUCGAACAAGUCUGAAAGUUAAUUUUUCAAAAAAUGUCACAGCCUUAUCUGGGAACAGGUUUGCAUAUCUGGAUCCUGAUAUCUUCAUCCAAAGUUUUGUUUAUUUGGAUGAAGAUCAGUUUAUGGUCAUUUUCUUGACAUACUGUAGAUUCUCGAUCUGUUUGAAGUCUGGGAUUUGGCUAAGCCACUGUUGUGGUGUUGAAUCUUUCCUGUGUAUCCUAGAUAAGAUGCAUAAAGUUGUUAUCCUGAAGGAAGAUAGACGUCUGCUCCAAUCUCGAGUCUUUUGCAGACUGAAAUAGGUUUUUCUCUAAUUGGCCACUUUCCCAGUCCCUGCUGAGGAAAAGCAUCCCCAUAUCAUCAUACUACCCCCACCAUGCUUCACUGUGUCGAUGGUGUUCUCAGGGUAGUGAGCAGUUUCAGGCAUCAGCCAAAGACAGCGCUGUGUGUCAAGGCCACAAUGUUCAGUUUAGAUAUUAUCAAACCAAAGAAUCUUUUUUCACAAACUCAUGCAUGCCAUUUAAGUUACCUGUAGCUCCCCCCAUCACUUUUUUCUUGCCCCCGAAGGUUUGUUUUUCAUGUGAAGAGAAUUACUUACGCAAUCCACUUUUAUGUAUUUAUUUGGAAAUAAUUGAGUAAAUAGUUGAGGCAUGGAAAAGAUCAAGGCGGGUCACACGUACGCAAGGCAUUGUAUAGCAAGAGUGUUACCCUCUGUCAGCAGAGUUAGUAGGUCUGUGUACAUUCUGCCACCUUUAAGGGAACGGGGUAUAUUACUUUUAGUGUACAAGUAGGAAUCCAUUCAAAUUAAGGCCAUAAUUAAGAUGACAAACACAAAAAACUCAUUUAAAAAAGUUCAAUAUUUGUGUCCUCGUUUGUAAUAUACAUGACCAAAAAUGCCAACAUUGCUACACAUUAAUGAAAGCUAAUGGUCACCAGUUAGUAUUAUGCAAGUUCUCCUGUGCUACUUCAUAGCAUUUCAUCCUUAUUAGCCACAUUCGCAUUUUGACUGCAGGUACAUUCCCAAGUUUUCUCCACAUGUACUAAGGGAAUAAUGUACGACAAGUUUAAUAGCCAUUUUAAACGUUUUCUCUUGUUCACCGAGCUACCAAAUAAAGAGGACGGAUUUUCAAAAUGUACAGUUUAGUACAUAGAGAGACACGGCUAUUUAUUAAAGACUGUAUUAUACCAAUAUGCAUACGUCGUCCUGCAGGUGUGGUAUGAAUGUUCUGAGUGCUGUACAGGAUGAUGUUUGGGUACAUUUUUUAUUACAUUGCCAUGGAAGAGAAACUGGGGACUUCAUAACAAGGACUUGUUGCACUAAGUAUUAAAUUGGGUGGUAUAAACCCUCUAAUUGCACAACCUGUUGACACUGGAGAACUAUCGAGAGCUGGAGAAAACAUUUGAAACACGUGAUCGUAUAGUUCAUUUUCUUUUGCUCUUUUGUGCUGAAUAUAACUUAGCCUUUCUUGUAUUUAUUCCGUUACACUAUGCCUUCUAUGUGCUGCUUUGUAGUAGAGAGGCAUUUAGUGUUUGAUAAAAGAAAAAUGAGAAAGGAAUUCUAUUUGUUUUUAUUUUUGUUUUAUGGCUAUGCAUUGCCACCUGCAAUAGUGUACUUUAUGUCGGAUAUUCAGGUUUUGCCAUAGAUAAAGGGAGAGAUUCCAAAAAAUUAAGAAAAUGUUUGACAUAAAAUAGAAAGCAAAAAAAGAUUGUACUGUCGUUAAGGAUUAAAUUCGAAUAAGACGCUUCAUAAAUGUAGUGAAUAACGCAUCAAUCUGAUCGCUUAUGGAACCGUGACCAGAACAGUUGACAAGCUGUGUAUGUGGAUACUGUAUCUGUGCCUCAUCGACAGUUUGAAAUACAGAAACACAUAAAAAUGGUCUCUGUGUUCUUGCAGAUAGGCACACGCUGGUUUGCUACUAAAAAUCUGAAGUGUUAAAAAAUACAGUCUGGCAUUUGUAUGUGCACGGCUCUUGUUUAGGACCAUCUGAAUCCAUUUCACUAGUGCACAAUAUUAAACUUACUUGAAUUAAACACAAUAUGAAAGUGUGUUCAUGACCAUUUUUACUCUAUAUAAAUGCUCCUCGUAUGUU